GGGUGAAUCGGCAGGUGAGUGAGUCCCUCUCGACUCGCACAGCUCACAACAGAUCCGCGGGGUAACCUCACGAGACGGACACCGCAGGCUCACAAGCGCACAGGCUCACAGACUCACUCACUGACACACACACUCCCACACAGACUCACUCACUGACACACAGAGUCACUCACUAGCACACAGAGUCACUCACUCCCACACAGACUCACUCACUAGCACACAGACUCACUCACUCACUCGCACACAGACCCACUCACUGGCACACAGACUCACUCACAGACUCACUCACUGGCACACAUAAUCACACUCGCACACACACACACGUAGAUACACCUACACACAGACUCACACUCCCGCACACACAGACUCACUCACUCCCACACAGGCUCACACACUCGCACGCAGACCGCGACUCCCGUCUCCCUCGCUCGCCCCCUUCGAUCUCUCCACCACCGGGAAGAAAGCGAGCCAGGUGAGCAGGAGCCGAUUUGACCGCUCCAUCUCCGGCAGGCGGAUCUCCUCUUUUGCGCGUUCCCCUCCCGCUCCUUGUGGCUGUCAUUCCGCCACCAGUCUCGACCACCGCACAUCGAUCGACCGCUCUCCCCUUCCUCCAUGUGGCCGUGACGCAUCCUGCCCAAGCUCGCCCCCCCCUCUCUUCUCCCUCGCGGUGACGCGGUGACGCCGCCGAGUGAGGAGCGACCGGAGCGAUGGCGGACGACCGCAAGCCGCUGAUGGUGGGGGGCGAAGGUGGGGGGCCCCCGGCGUACGGGGCGCAGGGGCAAGCGCCCCCUGGUUACGGAGCCAUCCCACCUCCGGGGGGCUACCCCUACCCCCAGCCCUACCCCCCAGGUUACCCUGGCGGGUCGGACGGGGCCUACCCUGCCGGACCCCCUGGCAAUUACCCCCCUGGGCCCCCUGGCCACUAUCUGUCUGGCCCAUCGGGGCCCUACCCACCUGGGCCCCCAUGUCCGGGUCCCUACCACCCACCCGGGACUGGACCCUACCCUGUGAUCAUCAACCAUCAGGCCCAGGGUGUGACGUCUGUGCUGGUCGUGGGUGGUUGCCCCACGUGUAGGGUCGGAGUUCUGGAGGACGACUACUCCGUGUGUGGCAUCAUCCUCGCCAUCCUCUUCUUCCCCAUCGGCAUCCUCUGCUGCCUGCUCAUGCGCCGGCGACGCUGCCCCAACUGCCACGCCUCCUUCGAGUAGCGACGGGGGGCCCCUGGGCGGGGGUGGGGGGGGGUAGGACAGGGGUCCUGGAAGGGAAGGGUGGGUAGGCCCGGUAGGCUGAACCUCCGCUAAAACCACCGCGUAAGGGCUCGGAGAUUCGCUCGCCGUACAAUCAACCGGCCGUGUCGCUCGCCCGUCCACGCCUCCUUUGCACUGGCACAACCGAGCCGCUCUGGUGAGCCAUGUCGGAGCCAGACCGGUGCCGGCACGGCUCAGGAGGUGGCCCGGUUGUUUCUCCACUUUGCAGGGGCCGAGCCGUGCUGCCGCCGACUUCGCACGCGGCGAACAAGUUGGAGAAGCGUGUGGGUGACGCCACGCCCCCACCGCGUACCGGCUGCCCGUCACGCGCGGUUGAACGUGUCACUACCCCUGGCCCUGCUUGGCCCCGCCCCCGAGCCAGAUUCAGAUGCCCUGUGAGAACCGGAGUUCUGGUUCGGCUCGGCGAAUAACCCAGUGGAAAAAACACAUUCCUACCGUAAGGCCCCCCCACUCCACCCCCUCCCCGCGAGCUUAACUCGGAUUUUUGUGGUGGAAAAGCAGCAUCAUAGGCAGCACGUGCGGGGAGUGGGGUGGUUCGUUCGGAGGUCUCCCUGCGGGCUUUGGCACGGCCCUGGCACGGGGAGAGAGGGAGCGUCGCUGGGGCCGCCCUUGUCCCCGGCGCGCACGUUGACCCUGGCCAUUGACCGAGCAACCCAACGUUCCUACCAGCUCCCUCCGCAGGAAUGUGUUAAUAAUAUAUGCAUUGUCCUUGAAACUGAUUGGCCUACACCAGGGGUGGGGAACAUCCGGCCCGCGGGCCAUGUGAGGCCCGCGAAAUAAUUUGGUGUGACCCUGCCAAGGCAACCGCAGGCGGGACUUGAAAUUCAACAAAUCUAGGAGCAAACCUGGAAAAGCAGUUGCUAGUAGCAACAUCAUCACACCAGCUAACAUCACACGCCUCACCAAAGAAAAGCAUUUCCAGCCAUCACAUUAGGGGUGAGUUAAUUAAAUGUUUGACUAAAUAUAACGGGCUAAUUUUUAAGGUGAUAAUUUUGUAUGGCCCGCGGAAUGAUGUUGUAAAUAUCCAAAUGGCCCUUGAUAGAAAAAGGGUUCCCCACCCCUGUUCUACACCAAAGACAGCCUUCUUUACACAUUCCUGCGGAGGGAGCUGGUAGGAACAUUGGGUUGCGGACCGUGGUGGAGGGGCGGCCGUGUUCACAUUCCGCACUCCGUGGUGGAGAAGGCCCUCUGCUUGCCUGCACGUGGCGCGCGUUCUGUCUCGGGCGUCGAUUUGGCUGCUUAUCGAGGGACCCCCGGUGGCGACGACGCGGGUUUCAUCGUCGUCGCUCCGUUAAUUUGCGUUUGAUUAUUUAAUCGUCUUAGUCUAAAUGCUGAUGACGUAACGAACUCCUCCGUGAUUACAGCUGUAAAUAAAGAAAUAAAUGAUAUGCAAAUAAA